GAGAUAUUUACAAAACUCCAUGUGAUUCUUCUAUUUUAAAUUGCUUCUUUGCCACAAAUCUAUCCAAAGAAGUGAAAAUGUGGUCUGUUUCAUUAUUAAGUUAUAAGUGUCUAAUACUACCUUUCAAGCAUGGAUUUGCUGUCUUUCCCCUCAUUCAUGGAAACAAACUUUGAAAAUCUAUAAUUACUACCCUUAUUUUUUAAAUGUUGCUAGUUUAGUUUUAUUAUCUUAUUGUAAAUAUGAACAGUUAACCAGUGUAAAUUAGUGUACUUACUAUUUCUUUAGAUGUGUAUUAUUAAAAACUAUCAUGUUGUCACAUUUGCCGAGGAUGAAAGUGUGGAGAUUGUGCCUGAUAUUUGGAUGCACCCAAAUGGUCAAUGCUAUUGGCCACCUAAGAAGGUGAAAAAAACGCAGGCCCCUGAUAAGUCAUCGUGGCACUUGUACGAAAUCAAGAUCUUGGGAACAUACUCUUCAUAUGAGAAAGCUAGGGAAAAACUCAUAUUAGCUGAAGUCACAUCUGAUUUAAACACAGAUGGUGAACGUGAUUCUAAGCAAUACCGAAAAGUAUCAAAGAAAAAACAUUUGUCGACCUCAAAUGAAGAAGGUAGCGAGAGUGACAGACAGUCGUAUCCCUCACCACCAUAAAAAAAAGUUGAUUAAAGAAAAAAGAUUACGCACACAAAGAUGUUCAGAAGUUACUCCUGCAAAAAAAAUAUCUCAGAUUGAAGCACAUCGUUCACAAACUGAAUCAGUACCUGUUCCAUAUGAAGAAGCAAGUGGUUCACAAAUUGUUUCACCAUCACCUCAUUUAUAUCAAGAAGCAAGUUAUUCACAAUCGGUACCAUCGCUUUCAUAUGAAGAUUUUCAAAAACGAAUAUUCAAAGAAAUACAGUCCAUAAAAGUUGGAUUUACCAAAUUAGCACAAACUAUUGAACAAAAUAAAUGUCGCUGUGAGAAGGAAGAAGAAAUUGAACCAGACGAUGCGCUAAAAUAUUUUCCUCUCAAGACCACUGUAAAUGUGCAGAAAAUGGAAAAUAUUUUAGACAAAAAUGAAUACAAAAACAGAUUGAUUACUACGUUAAGUCGCAUUGGUGGUCAGUAG